UGGAGAAGGUAUUAUGGCAGGACACCGGGGACCUGGAGAGAGGGCUACUGAACAAAACAAUAACCCUAGCCUCAAACCACAUGAGAGAGACUCAGGAAGCAACAAAUGAAGUAAAAGUGGCAGCUAGCAACACGUUAGUGACUCUAGCAUGCUGCUAUUUCAAUCAUGUCAUGUCUGAGCUGCAGUGUCUUCUAGAACCACCGAAGCUGCCUGAAGAAUUUGUUUUAAUUACGUUGGGAAACCUGUCAUCAGCCUAUGCACUUAAGUGUAUCCCUUUUGUGAGAAUAACCCUGAACGCCAUGUUCCACAUGUUGGAGUUAGUCAAUGACAGCCGGAUGAGACAAGCAUUUUGUGGUGUUCUGGAAGAAUGCUCAAGGGCAGUAAAUUUCUAUUUGAGUAACUGGGAAAAGUGCUCAUUCCCCAGAAUGAGUGCAUCACAAUUCUGCUAUCGAUUUCUUCCCUUAUAUUCUCAUGUGACCAGUAACUGGCUGACCUGUGAGGAGCCUGAGCUCAAGCAGGCCAUCAUCAAAGCUCUUGGUCCCAUGAUGAGUCUCCUGCUAGAUGAAGAUGAGUAUCGGGAUCAGAUAUUUGAACCGAUCCAAUGGCUCCUUGAGCAAUAUAAGGAGGACACUCAUGUUUUUCACAUCACCAAGAGUCUGAGCCAGCUCUUGGAGGUCUCUGGUGAAUAUAAGAUCCCUCUCCCUAAGAGGACAUUUCAAGCCAUCUGCAGUGCUCUGCACAACCAGAUCUGUUCUCAAGCUGAGCCGCUCAGCCUGGAACAUCACCCAGAGCUGGUCUAUUGUAUAGUUCAGCUAGCCCGUUCUUCUCCGGAGGAUCUGAUAGCCUUUCUGCGCUCGCAGCUGAAGGUUGAGAAUGAGGCUGUUCGUGUGGCAUCUCUGAAUCUGCUCAGAGCUAUUGUUGGUGCUGACUUGCCCGAGACAAGACUGAAAAAGUUUCUGAUUGUGAAGGCAGUGAAAUCCACUCUGGGUGAUCAGAAUGCUACGGUGAGGACGGCAGUUCUUCAUUUCAUCCGGAGGCUGCUCAGCUCAGAAAGUGUGGAGAAUUGUGCAGCGUGGGAGAUGGUAGCACAUGUUUUCAGGGAGUUCAGUGUAUCCACCAGCAAACUGGCUAUUCAGGAAGAAAACACUAUCCAAAGCCUGUGCAUUGACAUCCUGCAAUGUCUGGACACCUCAGUCAGUGGAAUGACCCAAGUGCUAUGGCCAAGGCUUCUAGAAUAUGUGGUGCCAGCUCAGUACACUGGUACUUUGAAGCCUCUCUGCAGAUGCCUUAGGGAACUGGUUGAGAAAAAGCAGCAGGAAGGAGAAGAAGCUGCUUGCCUCGACUACGGUGGACCAGUGAAACUCCCUACACCCCAGGGGCUGCUGGCACGACUCCUGGUAGUAGCCUCAUCUCCUUAUGCAGGAGAAGGACACGGAUGUGCUGCCUUGCAGUUACUACAGGCCCUGCACCAAAAUAUCCAUGCAGCAGUGGGUGAGAUGUGGGUAGUAAAGAUCCCAUCUCUGGUGCAGUACAUUGAAGGAAACACAGAGAAUUCCCUGGACUGUGUGCGGUGGGAGCACAUGCUGCUUCAGUUCCUAAGAACAUCUCUGGAGAUGAUAGACGACAGUGCCUGGAGCAGGCAGAUAAGCCUUGAGUUGAGCCAGCAGAUGGCCAGCUAUACCAGCCCCUCCCAUGAGAAGAGUUUCCUGUAUAAGGCCUUAGGAACGUCCUUAGCAGUUUGUCAGGACCUGGUCCACGUUAAAUCACAGCUUCUUAAAUUUUUGACAAGAACAGAUUAUAUGGAAGUCCCUGAGAGACAGGGAGUCAUUUCCAUUCUCGCAUUGUCUGCUGAGAGCCACUUGGACCUCACCCUGAACGCACUUCAGGAGUUUGGGGCUGCAAUGAGCAAGGUUAAGAUUUCUGGGUUCAUCAGCCGCCUGAAGGACUACCACCAUGGGAAAAGAGGCAAGACUCGCAGCACCCUGAUGCUGACCUACAGCAGUGUGGCUGUCCAUGCUCCAAAAGACCAGCUUCUCUCCCGAGUAGAGGCAGACAUCACAGGGAACAUCCUUCUGUAUUACAGAGCCAGUUGUCAGGUGCUGGGCAUCACUGUUGCGAACAAGGACAUGUACCUAAAAUUAACCCUCAUCCACAAUGUCAUGGAGAUUAGCUGUGCCAUCUUGGAGACCAGAGACUCCCAGGAGUUUGAAUUCUCUUACAAACUGGAGCUCCUUGGCUACAUGCUGGACUUCAUUAAAAAGGAACCACUGGAUUCCCUGGCAUCUCCAGUUCGCUACAAGGCAAUUCUUGCCAUUGGACAUCUGAGCAAACUGAAACCAUCUCUGACCUUGGAGGAAAAUUGUGAGCUCCUUGAUGAGUGCUUCAAAAGUUUAUUUCCCCUUCCUCCCUUGGAGAUGAUGAAAAAGGAAGGCGAGACAGCAAAGAAUGCUCUGCUUAUACAAUCACUCUACGUGAGGUCCUUCGAAGCCCUUGGCAAACUAACGGAGACUUUGCUGGAGGGAGAACCAACCUCAGACUGGUUCCAGGAAAUGUUUGAACUCCUAGCGACAUGGUUCAGUUCAGGGAAGGAGUGGGAGAGAGAAAGGGCCUUGCAGGCCAGCACCCAGCUGCUGACUGCCUAUCAAGAGACAGUUCAUAGCACAACUCAGGAAACUUUUAAUCAGUUUGGAUCUGUGAUUGGACAAAUAGCACCAUACAGCUGUGAUUCACUGGCCACGUCCCGUCAGUGGGUGGUUGACUGUAUCAGCUGCCUUCUCAGUAUGCAAGGCCAGCCCAUGAACCUCGGGUCAGUGGAGGAGGAGCUGAGCUGUCUCCGUGAAGAACUAACAACAGCUCCAGACCCUGAGGCUCUGUUUCAGGCAUCUUCCAAAAUGGCCAGGGUUGUUAGUGAGUACUUCCCUUCCGAACAGGCUGCAGACUUUAUUGAGGCCGCAAUGGAUAGUAUGCUGUCUGCUAACCCCACCUGU